AUGAAAAACUACUCAGCCCGCCUAAUUAAAGCGCUGUCCUUCGUCGCGGAUUUGCAUCGGUUCGAUAAGUGGCGGGUAAUGAGAGGCGGCGUGCCGGCGCCCGUAGAUCACGCCAGAUGGCGCCACGGAGACGCCGCCGCGGCCGAUCGCGCAAUCGAGCGGCGCGAUCGUAGAUCGAUGGCGGUUUUUUGCGGAGACCCACCCGGUACAGUCGAC